AUGGCUUCCAUUACAACAACGACAACAACAAUCACUCUAAACGGCGUCGCAAGACCUCCGAAGAACAGACUCGCAUGCUUCUCCUUCGCAGCCUACGCGAAGUCCCUCAUCGAUCACCUUCAGUCCCUAAACAUACCCCUCCUUCCGGGUCUCACUGAUGAAGAAUUCUCUGCGGUGGAAUACUCUUUUAACCUCUCUUUCCCUCCUGACAUCCGCUCCAUUCUCCGAGAAGGCCUUCCAGUGGGCCCUCACUUCCCCAAUUGGCGAUCCUCUUCCGAGCAACAACUCCGCAUCCUCAUUGACCUCCCUCGAUUAAACCUUCUCAGGAACAUUUCCACAAACAGCUUCUGGGUUGACUCUUGGGGGGAGAAACCAGAAAUCAUUGAAGAAGCUGUAAACAAAGCCAGGCUGUUUAUUGAUAAAGCGCCGCUUCUUGUUCCCGUAUAUAGGAACUGUUACAUUCCUUGUACGCCGAACGUUUCCGGGAGUCCGGUGUUUUAUGUCGAUGACCGGGAAGUGCGUGUCAUAAGUUAUGAUGUGACGAGGUUUUUUCAGGAAAUUGAGUUGGGUGUUUUCCGGUCGGUUGCGUUGGGCAAGAGGUUUAAGACUGAUGCGCCCGCUUGGGCGGCAACCACCGCUAAGAGGAUUGAGUUUUGGACUGAGGUUGCUGAGCGUGGACGGAGAGUGGUGGCGCGUGCGCCUACCCAUGGGUGGUGGAUUGAAGGUGAUUUAGGGCCGUGUUUGGAGGAAGUGUUUUGGAGGUUGAGAGAUGGAGGGUGGGGAGAAGAGGAUGUACGGGAGAUGAUGAUGAUAAUGGACGGCUCUGAUGAGGGCAAGAGAGGUGUAGUGGAGGGUGUGAGUGUGGAGUUGGACGUGAGAAUUCUUGCAAUUGUAUUAUUGCGUGGGGGGUGGAGCAUGGAAGACGUGGUGUACUCGCUUGAUCUGGACGAUGAUGAGUAUCCAAACAGUUGUUCCAGGGAAAAUAAUAGUAGUGAUUAUCAAAUUAUAAGCGGUAUCAAUCAGUUGACGCAGUUCCAAUCUCUUGAGGUCUGA